UCUGCUAGUCCUCACAGUGGGCCUCCUGCAGGAGUACAGUUGUCCUGUUCUUGCUUUGGUAUCCAGGUGGCUGUCAUUUCACUUCUAACCAUGUCUGUUCAGUUUUGUUUAGCUUUGCUGGCUCUCCUCUCUCUGACUGCGGCAUCUAAUCCAGACUGUGAGGAGCUGCUUAAACCUCUGGAGGAUCGAAGCAGGAUUUCUGGAAAAUGGAUAUUCUAUGCUGGAACAUCAGACAACAAAGAACUCCUGAAGCAACUUAACACGAUCAACAGCUCCUGGAUUGAACUCUCACCUAUACCUGACAGUGAUGAUAUGACCCUUCGAUGGGGAGACAAAAUGGAUGGAAAAUGUCAUCAUGGAGGCGUUAAUUCCACCUUCUCAGGAAACUCCUCCAAGGUGACAUUUUACUUUAACUCCUCCAAUCAUGAGCAUGUUGGGAAGCACCUGGUGACCUGCCCUGACUGCAUCCUCUGGACAGACACCUCAGUGAUGGAGGGCAACGGGGAAACCAGAAAAGGCAGAAACCUCUAUCUUUUCACAAAGUCUGGGAAAUUGGAUGCCGCUCAUUUGGAAGUUUUCAAGAAACAGGCAGCAUGCCUCAACUUCCCACCAGAAUUCCACUUUGGAGAAUCCACAGACCUGUGCCCCGAUGAGAAGGAAGCUGCCACAGAUGUAAAGGAGGAAGAACAAUAGAGAAAGCGCAUUUUGAAGCGACUGUUGUCCACUACACCUCAAAUCUGUCCCGAGACCUGAAGUUACUCCAUGAGUCAAAUUGCUGUAUUAAAGACCAGAAUAGACUGAUUUCACAUUUAUGAUCAGAUUUACAAAUCAUGAUGAAUACCACUUAGAUGUCUUUUUCUUUUAUGCAUAUAAAGCUUAACAAAAUGAAACACUAUAUAUUUGCACACUUGUAUUUUUCAUAAAUGCAAUCUACAUAGUGAGAGUUUUUAUGAUUCAAAGCAGCUGUUAUGGACUGUGACUAAAAUGUGUGGUAAGGGAGCAAAAGAUGGAAAUAAUAAGCAGAGCUGGGGGCUGGUUGACUGUUUCGUUCAUGCAUACUCUUCCUCUGCCUCAACACUAGUCUACACUAUGUUGCCUACUUGUCAGAGGAUCCCUUGAGGGAUGGAGAGCAACAUUUUUACACGGCUGUGAGAAACUUGUGCUGGAGUGCAGCCCUUCCAAAAGGCAUCAUGCACUGUGUGGUGAUUUCCCUGAGAGAAGACAAAGUCGUGGGCUUUUUACCUAUUUGCAUAUUCCUCUCGCUCAGUUUCACCAGGCUGACUUUUAACCAUCACGUAACCAAAAACAUUUACUGCUAAAUGAAACUGUAACAUUUCUCCCCGGUUCAAUACAGCUUGAGGAUCUCCAAAUUUAUUAAAAGUAAAACAUA